AUGUCGUCUUCCGCUGCGGCGCUCGCGUGGCGCCGCACCCUCCGCGACGCCCUCCUGCGCGGCUCCGCGUGGCGCGGCGCGGCGCCCGCGCGGUACGCCAGCACGGCCUCCGCGUCCGGCGCGCCGGCGGAGGCCGCAGACGCAGCCGCGCCGAAGAAGGUGCCCCCGCCACCCCGCAAGGGAAGGCUUUUAACUGGGGCCAUGAUAGCGUUGGCCAUUGGUGGAGGUGCUUAUGUGAGUACCGCAGAUGAAGGAAAGUUUUGCGGCUGGUUAUUCAAGUCGACAGAACUCGUGAACCCACUAUUUGCACUGCUGGAUGCAGAGUUUGCUCAUAGUUUAGCUGUUAAAGCUGCUUCCCAUGGAUUUGUUCCAAGAGAAAAGAGACCUGAUCCACCAGUUCUUGGGCUAGAGGUCUGGGGAAGGAAGUUUGCAAACCCAAUUGGUCUGGCUGCUGGCUUUGAUAAAAAUGCUGAGGCAGUUGAAGGUCUCUUAGGCAUGGGAUUUGGAUUUGUGGAAGUUGGCUCUGUGACACCUCUUCCUCAAGAGGAAAUCCCAAGCCUCAAUUUUCAGAUUAAAGGAGCAUGGUGCUGUAAUCAACCGAUCGGAUUCAACAGUGAAGGAAUUGUAGUUGUUGCUAAGCGCCUUGGGGCACAACAUGGUAAGCGGAAGAUGGAAGAAACUUCAAGCUCCAUGCCUCCCUCAACCAGUGACAUAAAGCAAGGAGGAAAAGCAGGACCUGGAAUAUUGGGUGUCAAUCUUGGCAAGAACAAGACUAGUGAAGAUGCUGCUGCUGAUUAUGUGCAAGGGGUUCAUACAUUGUCACAAUAUGCUGAUUAUUUGGUCAUAAAUAUUUCUUCCCCAAAUACUCCUGGUCUUCGCAAAUUACAAGGUAGAAAACAACUGAAAGAUCUUGUGAAGAAGGUGCAAGCUGCACGAGAUGAGAUGCAGUGGGCUGAAGAUGGACCUCCACCAUUGCUUGUGAAGAUUGCACCAGACUUGUCUAAGCAGGAUCUUGAGGAUAUUGCUGCGGUUGCUCUUGCUCUUAGGUUGGAUGGCCUGGGCAAGAUUCCCCUCAUAGGCUGUGGUGGUGUGAGCAGUGGUGAGGAUGCAUACAAGAAGAUCCGGUCUGGAGCUACACUUGUUCAACUUUAUACUGCUCUUGCAUAUGGUGGUCCAGUUCUUAUACCCAGAAUAAAGGCUGAGCUAGCAGAAUGUUUGGAAAGAGAUGGCUUCAAAUCUGUUCAGGAAGCAGUCGGUGCUGAUUUCAGAUGA